AUGGUGGUAUCUGCCGGCCCUUGGUCCAGUGAGAAGGCAGAGAUGAACAUUCUAGAAAUCAACGAGAAAUUGCGCCCCCAGCUGGCAGAGAACAAACAGCAGUUCAGAAACAUUAAAGAGAAAUUUCUUGUAACUCAAGUGGCCUACUUCCUGGCCAACCGGCAGAAUAAAUACAAGUAUGAAGAGUGCAAAGACCUCAUAAAAUCUAUGCUGAGGGAUGAGCUGCAGGUCAAGGGGGAGAAGCUUGCUGAGCAGCUCAAGGAAGCUGAGGAGCUCAGGCAACAUAAAGUCCUGGUUCACUCUCAGGCACAAGAGCUGAUCCAGUUAAGGGAGAGGUUACGGGAAGGGAGAGAUGCCUCCCGCUCAUUGACUCAGCAUCUCCAGGCCCUCCUCACUCCGGAUGAGCCAGAUAAGUCCCAGCGGCAGGACCUCCGAGAACAGCUGGCUGAGGGGUGUAGGCUGGCACGGCACCUCGUCCAAAAGCUCAGCCUAGAAAAUGACGAGGAUGAAAAUGAUAAAGCUGAGGAGGUUGAUGAAGUACAGGAAUCACCUGUCCCCAGGGAGGCGCAGAAGGCUGAAGAAAAGGAAGUCCCUGAAGACUCACUGGAGGAAUGUGCCGUCAGUUUUUCAAAUAGCCACGGCCCUUCUAACUCCAACCCUCCUUACAGGAACACAAAAAUCACAUUUGAGGAAGACAAAGCCACCUCAACUCUGAUUGUAGAUGGUGAAUCCUCUCAAGAUGGAUGGCAGGAUGCUCUAAACAUUCUCCCAGAAAAUCAAAAUGAUCAUGAGGAAGAGGAAGGGAAAGCGCCAGUGUCCCCCAGUCACCACGAUAUGUCCCAAUCUUACCAGCCUUGCAAAGGCACUUUCUUGGCACUAGACGAACAGAAAGUUUGCUCUGCUCAGGAUGUAGCCAGCGAACACUCCAAUUCCAAAGGGGAGGAAACCCCACUUGGCUUCCCAGAAAAGCAACUUGGUCUUGAAGAGGUGAAAAGACAAGAAACGAUUGCUCCCAGGCUCAGCAGGGAACCGCUGAGGGUGGACAAGCAUGAAGUCCCCCGGGAGUUACUGGAUGGAUGUUAUUUGAUUGCUUCUGUUCUUCCUGACCUGACUCACUCCUGCCAGCCUUAUAGGAGAACUUUGUAUUCUCUUGAAGAAAAGCAAGUCAGCUUGGCUCUUGUAGACAAAAUUAACAAGGAUCAAGAGGAGCUAGUAGACCAAGACCCACCAUGCCGCAGACUGAGGCAGGAGGUCCCAGAGAACUCCCUGGAUGAAGUUUACUUGACUCCUUCGGUUCCCCAUGACCUGUGUGACUGCCACCAGGCUUAUAGUGGCACUUUGUACUCACUGGAGGAUCAGCUCGUCUGCUCUGCUCUAGAUAUAGCCUCUCCCACCCAGGCAGCUUGUCCCCACGGGCCUUGGAGUGGAGACAUCAACCACCACCUGUCAGAGGUGCAGGCUUCACAGGCACAGCCGGAGCUGAGAACCCUGGUGCCCAAUUGUCUGCAACUGCAACUGGAUCAAGGGUUUGACUGUGGCUAUGGCUUAGCCAGGCAGGGUGUUUCCUCCACCACCUGUAGCUUCACAGCCAACGCUGAUCCUGGGAAGCAAUGGCCCUUCCAAGAGCUGGGUUCGGAGCCUUCACUUGGAAUGAAGAACCCUCCCCAGCUGGAAGGUGAUGCUCUUGAAGGCUCAACUGACAACACACAUGGGCAUCAAGUCAUUGGCCACAUUCAUGCCUCAAGUGUCCUAAAACCAAAAAUGAUCAAAAGAAAACUGCCAUUCAGCAAGUGGAGACUGGCAUGCAGAUUCCCUGGCCUGCAAGCUUAG